AUGACAGGCGGCGAGCUCAGUUCCCUCAUCAACGAGGAGACCUCUAUUAAAGUCAGCUCCACCCUCGAGAAGGCCAAUGGAAAAAGGAACCUGAUUGAUGGGAGCCCAGAGACAUGCUGGACCUCACAGCAGUCAUUCCGAAACAUCCAGGGUUUACCUCAGUUCAUACAACUAGGCUUCACAAACAGAGUGAUACCCAAACGCGUUUCUAUCACCUUUCAAGGUGGCUUCGUUGGAACGCGAUGUGCAAUUUGCAUUCCGACAGAUGAAUCUGGGAAGAAAGACUGGCGACCAUUCACCACAAUAUUUCCGGAAGACGUAAAUCGGCGCCAAAUGUUCGAGCUGGUUCCCAGUCAACCAGAUCUGCUGACCGAAGGAGUGAUCGCCCUCAAACUCGUCUUCGAGGAGAGUUCAGACUUCUUUGGGAGGAUUACCGUUUAUGACGUCGCUGUCGAGGGUUCCUCGGCAAGAUUCUAG